AACUCUCUCUCUCUCAUCCUCAGUAAGUAUUAAUAUAAAUAAUUUCAAAAAUCUCAUCUCAUUUUGUCAGCAGAGUUGAGAAUUAAAAGUGUGUUGCAACAGUGUGUUUCAUGAGGUUGGUUGGUAUUUUUGGGGAAACGUCUCAAUUUUCUACCAUGUCAUUCUCUCUGGCCAAAUGCCAACUUUUGUCUCAUCCUUUUUCCUGACCCGGACACAAUUUCGUAAACAAAAUCAUCACGGAAUGGGUCACAUUGCAGUUUUGGCACAUUUUGUAAACUGUAAAAUCUAAUCAAAACUUGACUUGAUUUCCUGUUACGUAUUUGCAUAUUUGCGUUUGAGACCAUUUCUCUCAUAUUAACAAAGUGUUACUUACAAAGAAUGGCAGACGGUUCCAAACAACCGAUACACAUUCACGGAAAUGACCGUCUUUCAGAUCGAGUAAACUUAUUUCAACAGCAAGCUGCUAAACAUGAAAAGGCUCAAAAAUCAAACCCUUUCUCGAGCAAGUUUGAUCCUAAAGGAGGUGAUAGCAAUACAAGUAUCGGAUUAAGUAAGGAUGAUCCCAGAUAUGGGAGACCUCCCGAAGGUUCCAAAACGGAAAUGCGAGGACUCAAGGCAAAUUCUCACAUCAGCAAAGAAGUCCUCGAACUCUGCACCUUGAUUCGAACUUACGGCGAAUCUCGUCCCGACGGUCGGACCCUGAUCAGUUUCGGCGAACUUUUCCAAAUGUAUACCGUAAUUUCCAACAAAGUUGUCGGUAUUCUGCUUCGAGCUCGGAAACACGGCCUGCUCACCUUCGACGGAGAAAUGCUCUACCAACGCCGCGACGAAGGGAAAGUUAUCACAUUGUUUCCCAAAAAAGAAGAGGACGAAGAGGAAGAGGAGGACCUAUAAUUUUAAAUAAACAACAAUUAAAAGUGUUUCAGGUGCAAGAAAUAACUGCAAAAAAGUGGUUUCUUGCAGGUAUUUUGACCUGCAAGAAAUGCAAGGCGCAAGAAACUACGCCCCGCCGAGAAUAUUUCAUACGGCGCGUGGCUACAUAGCGCAUAUUUCGUGUACUUUCUCCCAGUUUCUUGCACCUCGCAUUUCUUCCGUUUCUUGCUUUCUAAUGUAAGAAAUGUCCCGCAAAACAAGGAAACACUGACAAUAAUAUCAUUUCAUAAAGAAAUACAAUACUCAACAAUAAAGUUUAUUGAUGACAUUGCGUCCAUCACUUUAUGACACGCCA